GCAGUCUCUUCGUUCCCCAAUGUCUGCAUCCUGGAUUUUCACAAUGUCGAGUGCAGCAAAGAUCAGUUCAUCUCUGUCCUUAGGUCUUACCCCAAACUCACGGAUCUGAGACCCAGGACAUCAGUAUUCAAGAGUACGCAUCGGGUAGCAGUGCGCAUGCAGACCCAGUGCCACUUCUGCCAGUGCCAGCCAAAUUCGUAAUGCGCUGCAAGGGUCGGAUAUCCAGCAAAUCUCUAUAUAUGUCGAUACUACUACUAGAUGGAUCUUCCUCGAUCUUUUCGCGAGUUGCCGCUCCCAGUUACAUUGCGCAACCUGACCAAGCUCACUCUCUGGCACCAUUCAAAUUCCUCUCGAGCCACUUGGCCUGGGCAACACCAUCCAUCCCUCAUGUCCAUUUGUACGAACAUGACACUCGACUGGUGGGCCUCCACUUUGAGGCAGCUCAAACAUCCACUCUCCAGGAUGACUAUCGAAAUCGAGUUUGAUAUCGAGAAUAUUCCCCGUGAGGUAUAGGACAAGUUUCCUCCUGCCCGUACUCCUGCUUGGGCGGCUCUUGUCCUCUUGAUGGACCUCACCUGGCCUCGGCUCAAAGUGUAUGAGAUUCAUACAAGACACUCGAGUCUCAGCGGGUUUGGGAAGAUUUCAACAUGAGCGCGAUGUCGAUGUGCUUUUGUCAAGUGUCUCCCUUAGAGUAAAAAGAAAUAUGGGAGGAAUUUCACCGGUUAGUGAAGGAAAGAUCUCCUCGCCCCAAAUAUGUAUGUGUUACACUCCUCUGAACAAUUUGAAUUACAUACCUCUUCCUCAUACAUCUAAUUUACUUAUAGCUUUGUUGUCCCUCUAACAUGUAUGAACUGUCUCUAUUAUAUUGAAUUCAUUAUAAAGAAGAUUCUAG